AGAAGGAAAAAAGGUUGAUCAACGUAGUUCAGAUUGUAAGAAAAGCCCGAUACCCGUCGACUACGGAUAAGAGAGCGCGCGCGCGAGAGAGAGAGAGAGAGAGAGAGAGAGGGGAGUAGGAAUGGUGGCGGGCAGUUCAAUUCAACCUCGCUUAAUCUCCACUUUUCUAGGGGACUGCCGCUUUCUUCCCUCAAAUCCUACUACUUCAUUUCAUUGUCUCUUCCAUUUUAAUCCAGGAAAAGGCCAUGUGUCCAUGCAAAUGUCGAGGACAUUUUCUGGACUAACCAAUUUAUUAUUUAAUAGAAGAGGUACAGAAGAAUCCAUAGAUGGCAAAAGGAAACGUCUAAAACCCGGGAAGGUUUCUCCCAGUCGGCCAGUCCCUAGUCACAUACCAAGGCCUCCUUAUGUCAAAUCCAGGAAGAUGCCUGGAAUUGCAAGUGGGCCUGAAAUACAUGAUGAGAAGGGGAUAGAGUGCAUGAGAGCUUCAGGAAAGCUAGCAGCACAGGUUCUUCAGUAUGCUGGGACUUUAGUGAAGCCAGGCAUCCCAACAGAUGAAAUUGAUGAAGCAGUCCAUCAAAUGAUUAUUGACAAUGGAGCAUAUCCAUCUCCUCUUGGUUAUGGUGGUUUUCCGAAGAGUGUAUGCACAUCGGUGAAUGAGUGCAUUUGCCAUGGAAUCCCAGAUUCACGUGUUCUUGAGGAUGGUGACAUUAUCAAUAUUGAUGUUACAGUUUAUCUUAAUGGUUAUCACGGUGAUACAUCUGCAACAUAUUUUGUUGGAGAGGUUGAUGAGGAGGCAAAAAACUUAGUAAAGGUAACCAAAGAAUGUUUGGACAAUGCAAUAUCAAUAUGUGCACCAGGAGUUAAAUUCAACAAAAUUGGCAAGACCAUACAUGACCAUGCAGAUAAACACAAUUACGGAGUUGUCCAGCAGUUCGUUGGCCAUGGGGUUGGACGAGUCUUCCACAGUGAUCCAGUGGUUCUUCAUUAUAGGAAUAAUGGUCGUGAACGAAUGGUGCUGAACCAAACUUUCACCAUCGAGCCAAUGUUGACAAUCGGCAGCAUUAACCCAGUAAUGUGGGACGACAAUUGGACCGUUGUCACAGAGGAUGGUAGCCUCUCUGCUCAAUUUGAGCACACCAUAUUAAUAACCAAUGAUGGGGCGGAAAUACUAACCCAGUGUUAAAUGUGGCGCUGCAUAUCAUUGUCAAGCAUCGUCUAAAUUACAGGAUAUCUCCUGAAGAUGAAAAAUUCUUAUUGCAAUGUUACUUAUUCAGUGGAUUCUUUUUUUUUUUUUUUCCCUAAUUCAAAUAUUUAUUUGUUACGAUGACAAAUAUGGACUACAUUUUCCAAAAUUGAUCAGUUGUCCAAAACGCGAAUCAAAUGAUAAACUGGAAACCAUUCGCCA